AUGGACAUGUGGUUUGUUCCCACUUCCCAGGCAGACCCCGCUGUGAAGCUGCAGGUGUGUCUGGAGACGUUGGGCAUGGAGGAAGGGACGCUGAAGGGAGUUCCAGCUCACCUGCAGCUCCCCGUGGCUGUGACACGCUACUGGCUGAGGAGGGCAAGCCCUGAGCCGACGAUCCUCAAAGCUCUGCUUAUGGUCAUGGUCCAAGGAGAACUGAACCGACGGGCAGGAACGACAUCAGGCAGGCGUCUUUAUACCAAACACAGUAACCACCUUCCAGAUUGUGAUGUGGCUCACAGCUUCAACCAAUGGCAGGCCUGCCUGAAAGACGCCUCCCAGCUCAACCUGCUGCUCUGCAAGCCCCUCCCUGAACCCCACUUUGCUGGUUGUACAAGGGCAGACUGGUGCACUGGUGGCAGGAGCAGCUCCAGAAUAGGGAACCAGAGGAGAUACUACAGGAUGACCAGUUCAGGAUACUGUACAGGAGGCUCCUGGGAGCAGUGACCCAUCCAGGCCCCGGGGCCAACAGGAAAGCUGGUGGGCCUGAGGCCCAGCUGAAGACCAGCAUGGGGCACCUUCACCUCAACACCCAAGACAAGGAAGAGGAGGAGCUUGGCGGGGGUUCUGAAGUUCUUAGGUUCUGUACAAUACAAUAGGCGUGCGUGUGUGUGUGUGUGUGUUGUGUGUGUGUGUGUGUGUGUGUGUGUGUGUGUGUGUGUGUGUGUGUGUGUGUGUGUAAAAACAGACACCUGUAGGACCUGAUCAAGCCAGUGAUUGCUGCGACAACCUACCUAUGGCAGCACCGUAGAGCAAAGGCGACUGACGUUAUCCUUAAUGACUGCAUGUUUCCCACGCCACCGCCAGACCCUGGUAACUGUGAGCAAGUGUUCUAUCGGAGAAAAUACCAGUCUGUUCCGCCUUCGCUUGAAUUGACCCGUGGAAUGAUGAGUUAGACAUCACAGUGACUGAGUAAACGCCAUGUACAUCAGCAUGUAGAAUAGAGGUCAUUGAAAAAGUAAUUGUUAACCUGCAAGUGGAUCAGAUGGUCUCACUUAUGAGACUCUGAAAGCUAGGCAUAUACCGAAAAGCAUAUUCAACCCCUGUUUGCUCAUUGGUAAAGUCCCUAUUUCAUGGAAGGGCGCAGUCAUUCACAGAAUACAGAAAAAGGACCAUGUACCAGAAGACCCCUCUACAAGGAGGGACAUCUCUCUAUUGCCAUCAAUAUACAAAGUCUUUAUGAAAUGCAUGCUUUCAAGAAUAUUGCCAUGGCUGGUUGAUACUGGAAUUCUGUCUAACAAACAAAAAGCCUACAUUGAGCGACAAGGCAUGAUUGAGCAUGUUUUUUUAAUUAAAGAGACCCUAUUAUACUA